AGUUUUAUUAUUACCAAAUGUUGUUAAACUUAUCGAAAUUUUACCGCAACCAUAAAAACCGAUACAAAUAUAUUUUAAUAAAUUCCAGAAAUGUUUAUUUUGAACUGCUUUAUAUUAUAUUUAGCCUUUUCAUCGGUUACUCUAAGUGUCAAAGUUAAUAUGGAAGGCACAUUAAGUUUGGGAAAAGAUGUGAUGGCAUCACUUUCACACUUUUUUGGCAACAGCUUCGUUAACACUCGACGAUCUAUGACAAACAUUGUUGAAGAAGAUUCCAUUACAGAUAUAGUCCGAUCAAGUCUCCUCUGCCGUGAUAUAUCAUUUUGUAAAGAUACUCGUUUAUUUGUGGAGGAAUAUUUGAUUGUUUUAGCGAGGUCCAUACAUACUAUACUUGAUAGCAUUGUUGGUAAUGAUUUUAAGAAAUUAGUUUUCGAAAGUCAAUUAAAACAUUACAUGGAAAUAGUAAGGAAUAUUCUAGAAAUAGCAAAUAAAAAAAUUACCGAUGACAAAGUAAUAUACUUUUGGAUACAUGCGAUAAAGAAAAUAUGUGCAAAGUUCCAAGAAAUGGCAAUGAUUUUGGUGGAAGAGGACAUACAAAUUAAUGUUGAAAAGGCGCAAACUUUGAAAAAGCAGUUGAAGCAAAAGAUAGUUAUAGCGACUGCGUUGGUUGAAAUGAAAUAUCAGACCAAACUGUGCGUGGUAUACGACAUUUGUGUAAAGUCCUAUGAAGUUACAAAAUCAUUGAGCACAUUACUGGAAAGCUUCAAGUCACUGUCGGAAGUGAAAGUCAGGUUAUUUAUCCGUCACUUUUAUGAAGCGCUUUUCGAUUCCUCGUUUUAUUCUAACUUAGACGAAGUGACUGCCCACGAGCUGCAAGUUAUACUCAACGACAUGGCGUAUUCCAGCGAAACGCCCACAAAGGAAUUGCUCUCGACCGUCCAUAAAAUAGUCGAGGCGAGAAUAGAGUUGUUAAAAAAUAAUGAAGAGGAGAAAUUAUCUCACGACGCUUUAUUGGUUCAGUCUAUAUUAUCAGACAUGGACCAUUUUUACAGUGUACACAAAGCGGAACCUUUCGCAGAUUUUUUCCAACAUUUUAACUAUUGGGCUGUUGGUGACGUACAAAUAAAUAAACACAUACGGCUGGUCAUGAAAGAUAUCGGCAAGGAAUUGUGGACGGUGUCCAAUGACCUAUCAAUCAAAUUGGUGAAUGAGGUGCAAGUGUUUUUGGAGAUGACAAUUGGUCCUGAAUCCUGAUUAAAAAUGUAUUCUGAUAAUUUGUUUAUAACACACUCUAGCUCCGAUUUAUUUGAACUCCCCUACGAAAUACAUUUCAAAAUAUUGUCGUUUAAUUGCAGAAAGUAAAAUUAUAUUAUAUACUUUCAUUGUAUAUUACUUUGAGAAAUUUAUAUGAUUAAAUAAUUUAUUUUUAUAAUCUUUA